UGAAACACUUCUGCAUCUCGUAGUUAGUUCGACACUUCGACUGAAUUGAACAAACUGCAAGUGGGAUUCACUUUAUUAGGAUUUGAUUCAUUGCUUGAUGUUUUUGAUGCGAGGUAGCAAGAAGGAAAACAAACAGGGAAGCUAGUUCCAUUCCUCUGUAGAGCUGGUCGAUCCCAUGUUUAUUCUAAUGCAAAAUUUUGUACUGGAUUAGGAGGUGCUCUUUUGCUAUAUUGUGUUGUGAGAACCAUGUCAUGUUCAUGCUCUGAAUUUUUUGUUUGUUAGAUAGCAAAAUUUUGGACUAGAUUAGGAGCGAUCUGCGUCUACUCAUCGUAGACGGCCGCAUGGAGCGAUGUGGUUUCAGCAGAGUUACAACCCGCCGCAAUGGAACCUCUGUAUACUGCAUCUGAGCUAUACAUGUACGUCCCCAGUACCUUGGUUGGGAGCUCCCUCUACUGGCUGCUUCGUGGCAAUGGCGACACCAUCGUCGAGUUCGAUAUGGAUAGCUAGACCUAGCUGUGAUAGAGAUGCCACUAGAUCUGUAUGACCAUGGCAAAUCCAGCUCCUUCAUGACUAUGCCAGCGCAGGAUGGUGGGCUUGGCUUGAUCCUUGUGAAUGACUUCUAUGCCAAAUUAUGGAAGAGGGGGGCUGGCUGCAAUGGUGUCGCUCUAUGGGUGCCGGGGAUAACUAUUCAACUGGGUAAGCUUCUUUCACUGAAUGCUGAGCACAAUAGAGGUCCACUAUCUCUGCUGGGGUUCGCCGAGGGCAACAAUGCAUUCGUGGUUGGGGCACCUAGGAUCGGUAUCUUCGUGGUCUAUCUCAAUCCUCUGAGGUUUAAGAAGAUUUAUGAAAGGAGGGAUCUUUGUAUCUUUCAUCCAUUUGAGAGUUUCUGUGUUGCAGGUAUCUAGAGUUAUGUUCCGGUAGCUGAGAUGUGGCGAUGUCUUACUAUUGCAGGUUCUUCCAUCGUCCAUGCCGUGGGCUGUGGUCCGCGUAGAAAUUGGCCCCCCAUGUAGUCAGAAUGAAUUUGUAUCCGCCUCCGAUAACUGCUGCUGCCGUUAUUUCAGUAACCUGUGUGGAACUAGUCAAAUCGACAUUGCUUGCAUUUGUGUCGCGUGGUGUCUGGUGUUGACUAUCGUAUUUGACUCGAACUAAUGUUAUUGUCUGACACAUCUUGUUAUGAGGUAGCGUAUU